AUGCUUCAACGCAUCCGAGAGCUCCGCGCGCAGGAGGACCAAGCACGUGACUGCACGACUGUCGAACAGCUUCGUGCUCAAGCGACAAAUCCCGUGGAGGGGAAUCAUACUCCAGUUCGAGCUACGAUGCGUCUUUAUGGGAAGGCGUUGUUCGCGCAUGGAGUGCACCUGACAGUGUUCGACAACUGCUCGCCCGCUGAGUUCGCCGCGUCGAGCAAGGAACUCCAAAGCUUGACACACAGCGAUCAGCAAAAGUGUUGUCUUUCGCAUGACGGUAUGGGGCGCUUCGUUGGGCGAUCCUAA